GCAACCGAUUACUACGAUGAAUACAAUCUAAACCCGGGUUUAGAAUGGGAAGACGAGUUCACAGUACUUACUUUCGACGAUCCCGAACGCUCUCUCGGCCAAGGCGAGGACGAAGACGGCAACUCUUUACCGCACAUCAUGCAUCACAGCAAAUUGCCGCCGGGAAUUCUGCCGCACGGGCUGCCCCUCGUGCAAGAAGUGGCGCCGGCGCUCACGCCCGGGGAACAGAGGGAAAGGAAGGAGCAGGAGCAGCAGAUGCAGAAAGAAAUUCGGGAGUUGAGUGAGGAUCAGAAGCAGAUGAUUAUAUUGUCCGAGGGCUUCCAAAGGUUUAUGAAUAGAGCUGGAAGGCUCGUGGAGAGGGCUUUGAGUGAAUCCAUGGAUAUUUACACGGAUUACACAGGCGGAGCUGAUAACAACAUGGAUGACAAAACGAACACUGCUCGUCUAUCCCUUAAUCGUUGGUUCUUUGACGAGCGCUGGACAAAAGGCCGGUGCGUGACUUCCCUAGAUUGGUCAUCACAUUACCCAGAAUUACUGCUGGCCAGUUACCAUGGUAAUGAGGAUGCCCCUAAUGAUCCUGAAGGUGUUUGUGUUGUCUGGAACACUAAAUUCAAAAAGACAACUCCUGAGGACGUGUAUUUUUGUCAGAGUGCUGUUAUGAGUGCCACUUUUGCCAAGUAA